CACACACACACACACACUCGAGUCGCGUGCGGGGGAGCGAGAAAGCAUCCACUAAGCUCUCGGCGCUGUCGCUACACAUAUCCACAUUUUCCACAUUCGACAAAUUGUUCGCGUUCAGGAAAGUUGGAUCUGCAGCAGGCAGCAGAAAAGGGGAGGUGCGCAAACGUCGGCAAUCCAUUUAUUUCCUUUUUGUUUUGUUACCAUCGUACGGUUUUAUAGUUUUCCGUGCCGCGAUCUAUCUCCACGUGAGGGAGUGUUUGUGGAUGCACUGCCUAGUUCUAACGCGGGAGGGCAGACAACACAGCACACGGGACACACUCGCGAAGGAGCAGGAGCAGUAGAAACCGGAGGAAGCAUUAAGAAGCACCACGUUGAUACCACUACUAAUUACGCCAGGAAAAGGAAUCCAUCAAUAUCGAACGGCAACUAUCAGUCUUGUUUCGGCAUCGGUCGAGUGAAAGUCAUUACCCUGGUGCUGGUGCCUCGCGCAGCAAGUGAAAGAAGAUUUUCAGUGCCGUACGAAGCCCACAGCAAACGAAUCGAAAUAAGCUGCCAAACUUGUUCCAUUAACACCGACGACGAGGCGGCUUUUGGAGCCUCCCCCACCGGGCACGCAAAGGAUCAGCCUCGAUUUCUUCGGUAAACGCAUCCGAGCAACAUUACCAGAACAAUGUCGCAGAUGGGUCGAGCGGUGAAGAAUUUGGAACCGCCACGUCCGCUCAAGUCUACGAUGAAGCAGUCCCACGUCCAUGUGCCCGUGUAUGAAGUUCAGUCUAUUGAAGAACUUAUCUCACUGACGGAAAACGUGGCCACCAACUUGGCCAAUGGGUGCAACAAUGCGGACGGUAUGAAUGCGCUGCUCGCAAACCUGCGGCUGCACGGUCCGCAGCUUGAGAAUGUGUCGAAAGACACACUGGACAAGGCAUUUGUUAUCUUCCGCAAUGCUUCACAGGACGAGCGGCUGAAUAUCAUGACUCGGCUCAAUCUGCUCGAGCUAAUCGAGCUUCGUGCCAAAUCCUGGCAGGUGUCGGACGGUAUCAACACAUACUACAAACAUAAGGCGACUAACGUUGAGCCUGACCUUAUGGGUGAUCCAUCGUUGCUAAGCACCUCCCCUCCUGGAUUGUCUCUUGGGCAGCAGGUGAUUCCCUCGCUGUCCCCUGGUGAGCUAAUUCGCACCUCGGGCAAGUUCCCGAAGCCAACCAAAAUUCCCGGCAAGACGUACUGCAAGGACGAGAUCGUCAUUCGCAAUGCUGAUUCAGGAAAAGUAAUGGGAAUCAAGGGACGUAGAGUUCACAUGAUUGAGGAAUUAAGCGAAACGGUUAUAUCGUUCCAAAGAGUUAAUCCAGGAGCUAAGGAACGUCUUGUACAGAUUACCGGCCCCAACGAGGAAAAAAUAAAUUACGCGAAGCAAUUGAUCGAAGACACAAUCCGUCGUAAUGCAUCUCCGGUGCGACUGGAGACAUCCCAGGAUGGCUCGUGUAGUUCGCUCGCAUCGUCCGCUUCGGACGAAAUGAUCCCCAGGCGGCAGAUUUCGGAUGGGUCAAACAUUACAAUGUCCGGCAAUGCAGGCCAACGCAACUCGAUGCUGUCCAAUCAGAGCGCCUUUGUGCCAAAUCAACAAAUCUCGGGACCACAAUCGGCUGCAGGUUUGAAUCUUAACCUGGCCAACAAUACCAUGUACCAGCAACAUCAGCAGCAGCAGCAGCAAUAUCCAUCCCAUCCGAAGCUGGUUCGAAACGGGUCCCAGAACAAUGGGCAACAGUCGGGUAUGUUGCUUCACAGCUUCUCAACGAACGAUGCGUCUCUGGGGGAGUAUAAGUACACCGUCAAUAUAGGCAGGCACAGCAUCAAGAUUACCGGAGAUUGUUUCGAGCUGGUUAGGGUUGCCAAACUGGUGUUGGAUGACUACUUCAGCAGUAAUGAAUUCCUAGCCUCUGUAGAGAUGGGAUCCAGUUUUGAUCUUCCAACCUCGUUGGCGUCACCAGUGACACCGAUGGCUGGACAGCAUCCGCUCAUAACCGGCUCACCGUUUGUCGACAGUGGCGUCGGAUUGGAUGCUAUGGCUGCUGGUAUGGGAACGAUGAAUUUAAACUGUACCGAAGUGGAUGACGAUGUGUUCAUCGUGGAUCCACCAACUUUGACGGGUGGACUUAAAUCCGGUGACAGCUCCAGCUCAUCAAACUCAACGCUGGUCACUUCGACGCCCGUGAAUAACGGUCUGAGCCGAUCGAGAAGAAGCCAUUUUUCGCGUAAGGACAGUGCACCGGAGGGCAUAAAAGAUGGCGCUGGCGCCACACCAGCUACGAAGGACGAUUCUACACCAGUGAGAAUCGUUCACGAAUACGAACGUUUGAUCUACUAUUCCAAAUCUCCCCACUCAUGGGCUCUACCACGUGACUGGUCGAAGAUCUGCGAAAAGCUACCAUUUAUAGUACGAAACAAGGACAUUGAUGACGAGAAGAACCGCUUCGACGCCGAAAAGUUUCUAGAGCUGAAAAAGCAAGCCACCUUCGCUGACGGAUGCUCCAACAGCUUCGGCGAUUCUGUGGACAGCGCGGACCAGAUGAGUGGUAGUGAUUCUCUCUCGAAUGGAGACUCCUCAUCCACGACGACGUCGACGAUUGGCGGAGGUGCAUCGAGUGGUGAGGCCGAAAACUCAGCGUCUUCGUCGUCGUCCGUAUCGGCCGAUACGCUAUCGGCGCAGUAGGAUAAAAUCGGCCAGUAAUUCUCGACAACAACAAUAAAAAAAAACUAAUUUAUCUAAUUUCUAACACAAUUACUGUUAUUUGGUAGCAAUAACGAUUAGAAUAGGAGGGAGACACAAGUAUCUAUAUUCGAAAUGAAACCAAUCUACUUUACUAUGAUCUAUAGACCCCUUAAGGAUAGGUGUCGCGCAUUUUUGCGGGCUCGCAGCGAAGAUAACUGCAUCACUGAAGCUUCCUUGUUAAAUUGGGGGAGAUUUUAGCUUCGAAUCAUUUUAAGAAGAGAUUAAAACUGUCCAAAAAUACGACUAAAGUGAGAAACACCUUAUUUAAACAUUAGCAGAGGGAAAUCUCGUCACUAAUUUAUAAUAAUCAUUUUAGAGGCGAAUGAACUGCAAAGUUUAAAGCCUCUUAAAAACAAAGAAAGAAGAAGAAUAAUCAUUUAUAAUCAUCUAAUCACUUCAGAGCAAAACAACGACAGAAGUAAGUCUUCUUCUGUUGAACAUCAUCACUCGUAACUCGUGAAUCAAUCUAGAUUAUAUGCUGUGUAUUAACAACCAUCUAGUCUACAAUCAAGCAAAGCACAACACAAACGGCACCCGAAAGGAAAGUUAAUGUCCCAUUUGAGAAAUUGCUGAUUUUGUUUUCGCUUCCAUUAAGAUUUCACCAAAAAAAAAAGAACUACCGCUGUUGAUUUUGUUUUUUCCUAUAAUUUUUGAGACGAUUUUUGUUUUAUUUAUUUACCACCUUCAACAACCACAAUGUUAUUUAUUUAUGUUCUUUAAUAAUAUAAAUACGUAUAUAACUAAGAUAUUGUCCCAAUCUUUCGUUAAGGUUUCUUUUUGAUGAAAGGAAUGAAUUCCUUUGUUAGACGCAGAACUGAAGAAAAUAAAAUAACCGACCGAAAUACCACUGUUGACCGGAACAAGUUACUAUUGAUUCUGCUGUAGAACAAAACAUGCUUUUUUUCUGUAACUGAUUGAGGCGAAAUUUGAGAGAGGCGAAGUUGGGAUUGGAGAGCAAAUAAUUGUAUGUUAAAACUUUGUCGUUUAAUUCAAUUAACAAGAAUAGAAAAAAAUGAGAGAAGAAAACACACAUAUAGUGAUGUUGUAAGGGAGAAAACCAUAUUAACCAUUGUAACCCAAACUCAAUUUUCUUAUUUAUAUUUAGCCCCCCCGAAACUGAGAACAGAAACAGGAGAAGGAAAAAUAACGAAAAAAAGAUAAACAGAUUAACAAAAAGUACCUCUGAUCGCAGACUGUGUUUUGGAAGGGAGAAACAAAUAAACACUAUUUUUGUAAAA